AUGGCACCUAAAUCACCUAAAGGCGCUUCUCUAACAAUCUACAUCGAUUGCGUAUCACCCUACUCCUGGUUCGGCUUCAGCAAUAUCCUCAAGUACCGCCCAGGUCUCAUCGCAAAUGGCGUAAAAGUCAACAUUGAGCCGUUCUUCCUAGGCGGGGCAAGGGACGCAGCUGGAAACCCGUGGCAGCCGACACCGAAAUGGAAAGAGGCGUUUUCAAAGCAAGAUACGGAGUUGACGGGUACAAUGUUGGGGAUUAAGAUUGUUCAGCCGGAAAUCUUCCCCAUUGGGAGUUUGUUUCCCGUCCGUGUAGCAACCUACGUAAAAAGGCACUACCCCGCUAGUACCUUUGAGUCCGUCUUUCUCGCCCUCGUCUCCUCCUACUGGGGCCGUGGAAUCAACAUCUCUCAACCAGACGGCCUAAUCCAAGCUCUCUCCCCCCUCUUCUCAACUUCUGAAAUCGAGACCAUCAUGAAGAAAGCUAUUGAGCCAGAGAAUAAAAAGGCGGUAAUUAACAAGACGAAGGAGAGUGGGUCGUUUGGCGCUCCUUGGAUUGUGGGUGUGGAUUCGGAGGGGGUGAAGAGGAGUUGGUUUGGGAAUGAUAGGUGGGAUCAGGUGUUUUGGCAUUUGGGGGUGCCGUUUGAGGGGGUGAAGGUUCUAGAGCCGAAGGAGAGCAAGCUGUAG